AUGGAGGAGCAGCAGGAGAUGGCGGCGAACGCGAGAGAGGUCGUGCUGUCCAAGCUGCAGGAUACCCUCCGGGUUCGCAUGGAGCAACGCAGGAAAGAGGGUGCGGGGGGCGGCGCCACCGGCGCGAGGCUGCUGUCUCGGGUGAUCGACGAACUCUUUGAGGAGUGGGACAAGGACGGGAACAACUUGAUUACGCGGGAGGAGCUCACAAGGGGGCUCAACAAGCUCGGCAUCUACCUCUCUGCGACGAGGGAACUUUUCCGGCUCGCCGACCCGGACCACUCCAAGUCCAUCGACCCGGCCGAGUUCCGAGCCUUUCUGUCCGACCUACAAACGCUCGCCGACGAACCGGAGCUGCUCUCCAGGCAAGCCAUGCCUACCGUACAGCUUACCAGCAAGGCCGAGGAGCGCGAGCACCCGCGCGUAGACGACUGCGGCCUCCUGGCCGCGUGCGCCGCUGCGAGCAGCGGCGGCGGCGGCGGCGGCGGCGGUGACUCACGCCGAGUCGGAGAGGCACGUCGCGCCGCGUCCAUGAGCAGCGUCGUCUGAACAACCGUUCGUGUAGGCGCUCGUGUGUGUCGCAAGCUCGGUCUUUGAGACGGCUUGGUGUAGGCAUCCCUUCCUGCCGUGUGAAGUCGCCAAAAGGGCGUUUUUUUUAGGCCGCGGAGAGGGUCUCCUCGUGAAGUGUGUUUUUGGAUGUGUGGUGCUCCGUCCUCUUCCUCUAGAUGUGGUGCUACAGCAGCAGCAGCAGUCCUCCUCUCGCUUAACAAUCCGCGAGAGGCGAUGUUGGUAUUUUUACGCCGGUCUCGUCCGACAUGAGCGACGGCCGCACCACCCGCUCGGGCCUAAGGCUGCGGCCUGAGAGUGGAUGGGCGAUUUUUUGUAUUGCCUGUGUUUGUGCUUGUGCUUGUCUUGCGUGGUGCCUUUUCAUGUUGGGCCCUCCUCCAAGUGGUGCCGGGGUAGCUCAGCCUGCCUAAUCACAACCCAGCAUCUAUAAUUACGGUCUGUGUGUCCUUUGCUACCAAACUCUCAGUCUCCUUCAGCUGCUCUUUUUCCAGAGGGCGCUUUCGUUUUUGUCUUAAAUACUUGGUGAAUAUUCUCAUCCUGCUGAGAUUGUUGUCACGUCUUGGGGGGCUUCUCCUUGCCUUCGAAGUGGCGUUCGUUUUUUUUUUUUCUCAAAGGGACGCUUGUACAUUAUCCAGAUUGCGAGGGCCGUGUCCAUACGUGCGUUUUUUGCGUAGGUGCCACAUAAAUAGGUCCUUGGUCUUCGUCAUCAAAGUCGUCUUCUUCUCGUUCGUCUUCUUCUUCUGCUGCUGAGGCUUCAAUGUCUUGGUUAUCCGUAAGUCUUGGAACUGCGUUAUGUGUAAUUUACCACACGGGACGCUUGUACGGUACUGGCGGUCGCCGCCCACCGUGGUUGUGCAAGCGCCACGCAAAGUCGCGCUCGUCGUCACUGCCUCUUCCCCGCCUUGUCGGUCGCCCUGGCGUUUUUUCUUGUUGCAUGCCUCGGCUUCUCCUUGUCUUCGCACUGCUGUGAGCAGUUGUUUUUCCUAGUGCUGGACAGGUUGGACAAUUCAUUUUGCUGUCGCUGUUCCUUACACGGGUAAGUGCUGCCUCGCAGCUCUUUUAGAAACUCGUUAUACAGUACCAUCCAUUUCGUGGUCGCUUGUGUAGGUUAUUGGUCUGAGGUCGUUUGUUCCUUCGGGUGUCGAUGUUUUUUUUCUUUUUUGCCGUGUCCUUUGGUGGUGGGUGGAUGCAUGUGGGGUGUGUGCUUACGCUGGUGCGGAGUGUUCUCGGCGACGUGGCUCUUCCAUAGCUAAGAAAAACAAAGCCGGUGACGGAGGUGCGGAAGAUUGGGGCGUUGGAUCCGUGUCGUCGAGACCUUCCCCAACACUUUUCAUUUGGUCUUGGCAAUCCCUAAGUCGUGGGUGGAGUUGUCGAGCGUUUUGAGAAUCCGGCUAGGGUGUGUGGUAUCUUGCGUAAAACAUGCUACGUUACGAUGGUGGCGGAGUCUUCUUCGUGUUUAAAAUCGUUUUUACUUGUUAGCAAGUGGUGUUGAGGAAACCCAUUGUCAAUGGGCAUUUGAGGAAACACGUUAUUAGUGUGCGGUGAUGUCGUAGCGGGGUACAAGGUAUAGGACCCUCGUCUGGAUGUUUUUCUUUUCCCCUCAUUAUUGAUACCAUAGAUUUCUGAGUGCGAAUGACACGAAGCGGCUGGUGUUGACAGCACGCUCUUGGGGCAAGUUUCCGUUUUUGAUGGAAUUGUUAUCAUCGUUGUCACGACCAAACCGUUACCUUUUGAGUCGAUGAUUGUUGGAGGCAGAGCGCGCGCGGACUGAUGCCGCGGCCAAACGAAACGUUUCCAGAGACACCAACUCAAGGUGUCGAGAGACCAUGUCCAGACCAUCCAGGAGAUACGCGUGACACCCUAAGUUUCGCUAGUUUUUGCACGGGCAUACACAUUGCACCAACCCCCCACUAGUGAUGACGUACCAUUACAAUGCAUCGCUGGUUGGCGGCCACGUUUGCGUGUUUGCUUGUCGUUAGUGGUCUCUCUACCGCGUGCCUUUUUCUGUCUCUUUUGUUGUUAUUUUCGGCCUGGUCCCUUUUUGUCCUCGCUCUUUUUAUUUCAUUUUCUCUUUUCUUAACUGUUUCCUUUUAUUUUCUCUUUUUCUCUCUUUAUCUGUGCCAGAUGGCCUUGUUUCUGCUUGCGUUGUGAAGUACCAAGAUUGAACCAAGGGGAUGUAACUCAUUCUCUCGGGCCCGUGAUGGUAACCCCUAGUCUCAGUUGUUACCUCGCAUAGCGCGCAGAGGGAGUGGAGGACUCCAGAAUAUCUGUCGUUGAUUUUUUUGACUUGCGAACCCCUGGGGGCCAUUUCAUUUGAGUGUACCGUUUUAGGUACGGACAUACGAAGGUACUGGGUAGCGAGAGAUCGGGACGGUUUUUAAUGUGAAAACAACAAUACUGUGGUCUAGUUUGAGAGCUUGUGGCGCCGGGAGAUACGGGCCGGGCGGAGGAUGUUCGACCCCGAGCCCCUUAUCCAGUGUGGGUCUGCUCUUGUAACGCGCGGGCACGAUGAGUCAUUGGUGCUGGACUCGUUUUCUCUCGGCUGGGGCUGGUGGAUGUCUUGGAACCCUCGUUGGCCCGUUUUUUUUUUUCUUUCUUGGCCCCCUCGUGAUUUUGAUUGUUUUGCCGGCGUCGUGCGCGUGCAGGAGGAAACACCCAAAUGUUAGAGGGCUGGGGUUGAUUGUGUUCCUUGGAUGUAUCCCGCCGGUCUUUCCACUUGUCGUACGCGCACGACAUGUGAGGUUUGUUUCGAACUAUCGGCAAUAGGCGGAAGGGAAGCACAGCCUACGGUGUGUAUUGUUAAUGCGCAUGGCU